AUGGCCAAGCACGACAACACCGUCUCCUUCGAGGAGCCCGUCGAGGACACCCGCCGUAAGCGCGGCAACAAGCCGGCCAAGAAGAAGCAGGCCGCCCCGGAGAUCUUCGGCCCCUUGGCCGUCGAGAUGAAGAAGGGCGCCGACAACAAGAAGCCCGGCACCCGCGCUCGCAAGCUCCUUCGCCGCAUGGCCCACCAGUCUGCCGCCGCCCCGGAGGCGGGCGAGGCUUCGGAGGCGGCCCCGAAGAAGUCUGCCAAGGGCAAGAAGGCCAAGGCGCCCGAGUCUGACUCUGAUUCCGAGCCGACCCUGGCCUCGGAUAGCGAUGACGAUCUUCUCCCCUCGGAGGCCGACAGCGACGAGGAGCUCUCCUAUGAGGAGCCCUCCGAUGAUGACUCCGACAACGAGUCGGAUGACGACGACAUUCAGUCCCUUCGUUCCAAGGCCCCGAUGAAGUCUCUCUUUGGGGGGGCCGCUGGCGGCUCCGACGACGAGGAGAUGGAUGGCUCCGAUGGGUCCGAUGUGGAGGCCGACUUCGGCGACCAUGACGACUCGGACGACCACAUGUCCGGCGAUGAGAGCGAGCUCUACUCUGAGGAGGACGAGGAUGAGGAGACCCAGCGCGAGCGCGGCGAGAUGGAGACCCUUUCCCUCAAUCUCAACGAGAACAUCACCGACCUGGCCUCGGUCAAGCAGCGCAUCAGUGACAUCGUCCGCAUUCUGGGUAACUUCUCCAAGCUGCGUGAUCCGGCCCUCUCGCGCUCGGACUACGUUGAGCAGAUGGUCGAGGACUGCUGCACCUACUAUGGCUACUCGGACUUCAUGAUGCGCCUCAUCCUGGACCUGUUCCCUCCUGCCGAGGCCAUCGAGUUCCUCGAAGCCAACGAGCUCCCCCGGCCGGUGGUCAUCCGUACCAACACUUUGAAGACCCGCCGUCGUGAUCUGGCCCAGACCCUCAUCAACCGCGGUGUCAACCUCGACCCGCUGGGCGCCUGGAGCAAGGUCGGCCUGCAGGUGUUCGAGUCUCAGGUGCCGAUUGGUGCGACCCCCGAGUACCUGGCUGGCCAUUACAUGCUCCAGAGCGCGGCCUCCUUCAUGCCGGUGCUGGCCCUGGCCCCGCGCGAGCAUGAGCGUGUGCUGGACAUGGCCGCUGCUCCCGGUGGCAAGACCACCUACAUUGCGCAGCUCAUGAAGAACACCGGUUUCAUUGUGGCCAAUGACGCCAGCAAGGACCGCUGCCGGGCCGUCGUUGGUAACGUCCACCGCCUGGGCAUCCGGAACAUCAGCACCGUCAACUAUGAUGGCCGGGCCUUCCCCAAGGUGAUGGGUGGCUUCGAUCGUGUGCUGCUGGAUGCCCCGUGCUCCGGUACCGGUGUCAUUUCCAAGGAUCCCUCGGUCAAGACCAACAAGUCCAUUGAUGACCUGCGCCUCCUGUCGCACAUGCAGAAGGAGCUCAUCCUGGCGGCCAUCGACUCGGUGGAUGCCAGCAGCAAGACCGGCGGUGUCAUUGUCUACUCCACUUGUUCCGUGUCCGUGGAGGAGAAUGAGGCGGUCAUUGACUAUGCCCUGCGCAAGCGGCCGAAUGUCCGUCUGGUGGAGACCGGCCUGCCCUUCGGCCAGGAGGGCUUUGUCCGCCAUCGCGAGCGCCGGUUCCACCCGUCGCUGAAGAUGACCCGGCGGUACUACCCGCACGUGCACAACAUGGAUGGCUUCUACGUGGCCAAGCUGGUCAAGACGUCCAAUGUCUUUGCCGAGCCGGGCAAGUCGGUCGCGGCCGACAAGAAGAAGAAGAGCCGUGCUUCGGGGGUCCUUCCGGCCGUCGGCGCCGAGUCUGCCGAUGCCGAGGCCGUCAGCGCCCAGCUGCUGGCUGCCUCGUCUGGUGAUGAUGCGGACCAGUUCGUCCCGCUGACCGCCCCGGAGAAGGUCGUGUUCUCGGCCAAGAAGGCGGCCGCCGAGCGCCGUCUGCAGCUCAAGCGCGAGGCGCUGAAGCGCCGCCGCGAGGAGCGCAUCCAGGCCGAGAAGCAGCAGAGCGCCGCGGCCGAGACGUCGGAGGCGGACGCCACCAGCAAGCCCAAGAAGAAGCCGGUUGCCGACAAGCCCGCCGCCGAGCCGGCCAAGAAGAAGGCCCGCAAGCAGGCCGAUUAA